AUGGAAUUGAGUGACGACAAUCAGUCUCCCUUGCUUCUCGGUGAGUAUAUUAGAUCAAAUCCCUCUUCUGCCUUGAGCGCACGAUGGGUAUUUGAUCUUCCUGAAGAGGAACAGGGAGAAUGCAUAGCAAAAAUGAUUGAAAAUGCAGCUUACCAAGAAACGUGGAUGGCGUACUUUGAUUAUGCAGAAAAAAAAGGGAUACCUGUCAAUGACGAUAUAGUCUUGGAGGCGAUACACGGAGUCGGACUUGAUCCUUACAGCGCUCCCUUGUGGCUGCGGGCUAUUCAUCUGUGCUCUGAGGGGAAAAAACGAGAGCUGUUUCAACUAGCUUUGCGAGUGCCUCUGUAUCAACACGAUCUGGUGUAUAAGGUGUAUAGCACAUUUGAGCUUGAGGCGGCAAAACAAGACGGAGAGACAAUGCCGAAUUGUUUACCAAUAUCUGAAGUUGUGCGGUUUUCUGAUAUUCUGAAGACAGAGCCAGCUUGGCCUGACCGUUUUGUAGACGUUAAAAAAUGCAGUGUGUUUCGCAGGAACCUGAUUUGUUGUCAGUGGAACACCUUACUACGAUCAAUGUUGGAUGGCUCUGAAGAAAGUCAAAUUUCACACGAUCUGCAUGUGCGAAGAAUUGAGCUUGCGUUUCGCCAGCUUUGUAUCCAAUUUGCAUUAGAGGAUGUGUGCUGGUAUGCCUAUGCUUGCUUUGUUGCAGUAGACAUGAAAGAUGAAGCACAGGCUCUAGAAAUUCUUGAAAGAGGACGUGAAUGUGUUGGUCAGAAGUCUAUUGCAUUGUGUUCCUUGGAAGCGCUGCUAUCCAAGUCGGGUAUUGAUUCAAUUAAGGCGCCAAAUGACAUUGUGAGUCGAGGUAUUUUUGAGCAGCGAUUGCUCGCCAAUAGUGUUAAUGAUUCAUUCCAAACCCGAAAACGGUUCCGGGAUAUUGGGAAAGCUGCUGUUGCUAAAAGUAUCACAGAUUGGAGAAUAUAUUAUCAGUGGGCAUCUGUAGAGCAGUGCAUCACUGGUGAUUUGCAGAUGGCUUCCAAGGUGUAUGAGAGGGGCGUGUCUUCUGUCGUAAAGUCAUUGAAGGACGCAAUACUGUUGUCUAAUGAGGCAGUAAGAUACCACCUCUGGCGGCAAGACGAGCGUGAAGUUCUUGGAUAUGCAGAGCGUCAGAUUGAGCUCCUUUCCUCUUCACAACACGAAGGGUUGGUACGCGCAGGUUGGAAUAAUUUGGUAAAUGCUGAAUCCGUCUUAGGAUUGCCUUCCUUACCGAAAACGCUUCUGAGGCGUGCUGAACACUGUGUAGACUUUACACACAAAUCCAUGAUUGAGCAUUACAGAGUAGGUAAUUACAUCCCUUGUUCUGAUGAGGACAUUGAGUGGCUUGAAUUUAUAGACGACCUGACCAAAGCGCGUAAAGAGGAACAAGAACCUUUGUUUGAAGCAGCGACUCCUUUAAAGCACGCGACUAUUGCAUCAAAUGUAUUCUACCCAUGCAAUGCAUUACUACCUGAUCCAUCUCUUUGGAGCGCUCUCGAUAUACGUCCCAAUCGUGAACAUUCCUCAUCGACACAAGAUGCUGAUGAGGUUGUUGGUCCACGGACUCUGCGUGGCCGACUCGUGUACAAGUUAAAGGUUGACGAUAAAACUGCAGCCAGGUUAAAGCGAGAGGAACAGAGGCGAAAGGAAAGGGAUAGCGAUGGAAUGGGAGACAAGGUUCUCGGAAGUGCACACAGGGCCUUGCAGACUUUGGUGGAAAAGCUAAAUUCUAGAAAGUGGAAUGCAACACAAUUGAGGAUGUGCAGGUGUCUGAAUGCCGACUGGAUUAUGGGUACGCUCACCAAUAGUGAGUUGGAUCUUGUGAGAAAACGAUCCUAG